AUUGGAUGAAACUGUCAACAGCUAUGGUACAUCAAGCGUCACUACAAAUAAAUCGAAAUGUAGUUAGUGUAUAUUCUUUUAUUUAAACUACGUACCAACUUAAGAAAAUUAACAUUUGUAGACAUUGACAAGUACAGAAAUUCAAGAAAGUGAAGAUAUUAUCUAUUAAAAUUGCAAGCUUGAACAUAACGUUGUCUUGUAUUAAUUAUUACGAAUGCAUUGAAAAAUGUUUAUAAAUGCCGUUAAACUCACAACUGUGGAAAUAAAAGUGUGGCUCACCACACCCAAUCGAAGGUUAAUCUGUCUCAUAUGACAGUUCUAAAUAUUUAAUAUAUCAGAUCAUGGCUGCAGAACAAGAAUUUGUUGAAAGAAUGUUUAUUUUCAAAUUUCCGACAUGUACUACUAAAGAGGAAUAUAAUCUUGAGGUGCCAAUUCGUAUUCCAUUUAGUGGUUCAACUCAGGAACUUACCCAAAGACUUCUUUCCAGUUUCAAGUUGCCAUCCUAUAUUGAGAAAGAUUUAGAUCAAGCUUUAAAAUUAUUUGUGGAUGAAGAAACUAUAAAGUAUUACGACGACACUUCUGAAAAACUGAUAGCGAAUGCUAGAAGUGCUGAUUUUGAAGUGGAAGAUGUCAUCAAAGCAUGGGAAAGAGCAUUUAAAGAAGAAACAUUAGAAUACGCAGAACGACGUGGAGCAUCUGAUGAAGAAUUAUUUGCAACUGUUUAUCAUAAAUUGGUACAUUCACCUGCUUUAGAAGCUAUCUUGCAGGUGGAGCAUUCGUAUGCUUUAGCUGUGCGUGAACUCACUGGACAGCGGGAUGAGCAAGUUUCAGCUCUUACUACCAAGCAAACAGAAGAAAUGAGGCCGUGCAGUAGAAGGAGUGCAUGUCUUUCGUAGCAGAACGGGAAAUAAAUGAAUUAGCAGCUAACAUUUUGAGAUCAAAUCUUUUGCAAGGGCGCUGGAGCAGUGAAGUUUGUGCAUUAAAGCAGACUCCAGAGAAGAGAAACGAGAAUGAAUGUGCUGGCUUGCUUGAAAGAUCAUCAAAGCAUCCGUUUUCUUUUGCCCACACCCACGUGUGUAUUAAGUUAUAGCGUGAUCAUAGCUAGAUAAACUAUUUCACAAUGUUUGAGUUGGCAUUCCUCACCAAAUUUAGAUUUCAUAUUCCAAUUUUAUUUUCAAAACAUUCUCUUGGUUUCUCUGUGGAAAGUAAAAUACAAAACUCCACUUCUUAGUUUGAAAUUAACUGCCUCUUCAAACACCAAUCUAUUUCAACCCUCACCCAUAUAAUAUACUAUGGGAUCCACUUUGUGUUUGAAUGAAAUUUUCCAACAUUUCACGAUAUUAAUAAUACUUUAUGUUCUCUACAGAAUAACAUAAAACCACAAGAAUAAUCUGCAAUGUAAAUUAUUAAUACAAAAUAAUUUUCUUUUUUUUACUGAGAAGUAAUGAUUGAAUUAAUGACAUUGUACUUUGUUAUUUUUUUGAAUUGGUGGUUUGUGCCACUUAUGUUUGUGGAGGGGUUUUAAAGGGAAAUAGUGAGGAAUUUAGGCCUGUGUGCCAAGAGAAUUGCGCUGAUGCACGUUAAGUAACAUGUGUUAUAGUUUAACACUGUACCAUACAUGAAACUGCUCACAAGUCCUUUAGCUAGAGACACUUUAGCACAUAAGAUAGUGUUAUUGUAUGACAUGCGGCAAUGCAAUGUUUGUGUGACAUAGGCCUAAAAAAGUAUCUCUAGCACUGAAAACACAGAAAGGACUUUUAAAAGAUAUAAUAAGUGAUAAAUUAUAUCUGGAAAGAAUCCAUCUUGUUAAAAAAUUCUACAAAUUUGGAAAGAUGGAAAAAUG